CCUCCAUUCCAAGGGCAUCGAAUUUUGGCAAUUGCUCCACAACUUUGGCGCUGCUGUCAUUGGCUUCAAAGUCUGCUGGAACAUCUUGAAGAGACAGAGUGGACGACACAAUGCCGGGGAGGACUACGGUUGGCGCCUCGGAGGUUGAGUCUAAGAAGACUGGAGCAAGAGAGGAUCUUGCACAAACCAAUGACGCUCCUGCACCACCAUCAGGCGGACAAAGCCAUGGUGACGAUUGCAAUGUGGCACCGGUCAGAUUUAUGGAAGGAGACGAUGGUGACAAGGAAAGAAAAUGCCGAGGCCUCAGCAGCGGAGUUUUCAAUCGCAACACCCACAGCCAGACUCCAAGUGGCUCUGGUGGACUUGCUCCACCCAAUGCCCCACUCCGUACAAGUAUCAACAACAAGGAGAAUGAAAAGGCCAAGAACAAGAAAGACAACCCAAGUGACAAAAUCAAGAAGAAGAGAAAGGGUGACGAACUGGAUCCCGACACUGAAAAGACGACAGGCCACAAUUUGACCAAGACCAGUUCCAGACGUCGAAUCGUGUUAGAGAAGCUGCGGCCACAGCGCCAGUCGCCGUCCAGUGCCGGAAUGGAAAUUGUCGUUGUCCGAGCAGCACCCAGCAGUGGUGCUGACGAUGAUGAUGACAGCAACAGCGUCGCUUCUUCUUUGACACGACAUAGCGGCGAAUUGUUUGCGUUUGCGAUAGGGCCACAAAACAACAAUAAGAGAACCUACACGGGCGUCUCCUUGCGUCACAAAAAGUCACGCGACCGACAAAAAUCAAAACCAAAGAUAGAAGCACCCAAACCACCAAAGGAAGAGCGAAAGCGAAAGGAAGUGAAAAAACGAAGCAAGAGUCCAGUGAAGAUCCGUAGGGUGUCCUUGGACCACCAGAUCAAGAAAGCACCCAAUCUUCUUGUGCGGGACUCACAUCCCGAUGAUCCCUUUGAGUUUUGCCCGACGACACCGUCCUCUUCCCCUGUGGUGCAACAACAUCGAGUUGUUGAACCAAGUAAGCCAGUCAUCCAGCGGCGAAACAAACCACGAAGGGGCAACGACGCUGGUGGCAAGAUACUACCCGACAAGCCCACUUCGUCCCAAAAGCACUUGGCGGUGGUCACGGAGAGAAAGUCCAGCACGAGCAACGGAAUCGCACCGUCACGUGACAAUGCACAAUCGUCCUGCAAUAGUAAUCAGACGAGAACCAAUGGGAGCAAAGCAGCACACGAAAACACCUCAUCACAAAGCAUUCGAACCAACGACGACAAGGGCUUGCCACAACAUACUAUUGGACACGAUGCUCAGGAUGCAGACGGUUCAAUCGACGCUCAAUUGGAGGCUGGCCCCAACCUGCAAUCGGAAGGCCUUCCGAAGCAGAUACCCUGCAAGGCUGAUACCGUGCAACUGGAAAACAGAUUGGACGCAUCCAAAGCAGACACGACCCAUGACAACAGCAACAAUGAUACGAUACAUGGCGGCACACGGGAAGAUGUGACUAAAAGUGCGUCUACAAAGUCGCAAGGAGACAGCAACUUGUCCCCUGCGUUUACUGGGUCAAGGCCACCAUGUGUGCGACUCUCAAACAAAAAGGAAGAGUGUCUCGGGAGUGACAGUCCUUGUGAUAACAUGCGGAGCAAUGUCAAGAUCACUGUUGCGAACAAGUCUGAUCCAACGCUAGAUUUGGUUGGCCCAUCCAACGAGAAUUCGGUUGUGGAUGUCCCACAACCACAUUCACCCCCAGAGCCGCCUAUAAUUCUCAAGCCUAGCGGGCAAGGAUCUCAGGCUGAAGACGCGGCAGUUGCUUUUCCGAGCGCCACAACAGAGGCUUCGAUGGAGGUUGCCCCCCCAACAAUGCUGUUCGCCGAUACAUCAAACGCCACCAUGCAGACCUCGACGCCGCAGGAUAAAACAGAACCAGUGGAGCCGCCAAAGGCUAUGAUUGCGACCCCAUCCAACUCUACCCUUGCGAAAAGUUUCGCACAGACGGCGCAAGCAGGAGCGAACCCACCAAAGGCGAUAGUUGCUGCGGCGUCAAACGCAAUCAUUGUGGAGACUUCGGAGCGGGCGACUAGAACACAGAUGACAGAUCCAGCUUGCACCACGCUACCAAAGACACCUCAAAAGGGCGAGGGCGACAUGAAACCGGACGAACUGGAGUCCACCUGCAUUGUCAAGCAACUAUUGCCAGCCGUUCAAAAGGAAACGAACCCGCCACUGCCCACACCAAUGCAAGUCAAAUGUUUUGACGCUGUUUCUUCUGAGCAGCGAGAUACUGGUACCACGAUGAAGCUACUCCCAGGAGCGUCCAACGAGUGGAAGGAGGUUGCACAUUCUUCUGAUCAGCUACAUGUAGAUGCCGUGGAGCCAAGGAACGGAACCAACCGACAAGAAACAUGCAACCCAGCUGAUGCGGAGAAGCGUACUGGGGACAUGCCCGAGGAACAGCCACCACCACCACCAGGCCACUCACAAGAGCAUGCCCAAGCUAACUCCCCUUCUUGUAUACGCCACCUUGAUGGAGGCGGAAGUAGUUCAGAGAAAGCACAUGGGAAUCAGCUCACGUCAAUGGACAGUGCCGAUGGCAAGGAUACUCCGCGAGGUAAUCAAAGGGGCUUGCCUCUCGCAGUAGAAGGGUUGCCUGGCGACGUUGGUGUUCCUGAGGCUGUCGAGACGAAUGCAGCGGCAGAACCCGAGAGAGCGAAGGUUGGAGUCAAUGCAGAGGAGCGGUCUGAAAUUCAUGCUCAAGGCAGGAACAAUGCAGACGCAGGGAACGCCAAAAUCGACGACAUGGCAACCAGAGUUGAAACUUCAGCCGAACACUCUGCAAGGCCUGCUAGUAACUGCAGAGGCAAAACCAAAUCAAGGGAACUUCUCGUUGGCACUACCGUGAAUUUUGAUGCAAUCCUCGACGCUGAGGAAAUGGAGCAAGGUCGAUAUUUUCUCUCGGGGACGAGGCGAAAGCGAGCUCUGCAGCUUCGAAGAAUUCAGAGUGGGAAUAACUUCAAAAAGGCGUCCUUGCUCAUGUUUGACGCCAACAAGCAGAAGCGACAACUUGACCUGACUCUUUGCCAAGUGCAUCGGGCCUGGGUUCAACUGUAUGCUCAAAUGCAUGACAAGAACGUACAGGAAGUUUCCUUGAGCGCCAAUGACGACGCAACCCCUUUUCCGCAAGCUUUGUUGGAAGCAAUCUUCAAGCUUCCAGCCCUCCAACGGUUGACUCUAGACUGCACUGGAUCAAAGCUUGAUCUUCACUUGGUGAAACUCUUGACAGCGGAUAGUUGCCUCGAAUCCCUCAAAAUCAUUGGCGCGAAUUUGACGUCUGACGACACAAAAGCACACUUGCGUAUUGUCCAUCGCUACAAGGCAAGCUGUUUGAAGGAACUAUUUCUCACAGAUUGCGAGGUUUCCUAUUGUGCAAAGCAAACGGCAGUUGAACGGCUCUUUGUGGAUACUGCACCUCUGACAAAGCUGUGGCUGGACAAUGUCAAGGGGAUCUCAGACGACUGUAUCGAGCAUGUUUGUGAACAGAUUCCUGGGCUGGAGCUCGCAGUGAGGCUAAUGCCGAUCCCACCCCAGCUGCUAAGGCUUCCAAGCUUGUCCAAAGUAUGCCUUGUAGACUGCUCGGGCCUUCAGAAAGCAACAAAGAAGAUGCGCCCAAGUCCAGCAUUGAGAGAGCUUGUGCUGUGGGGCCCAUUGUCCCAGACAGUAGCCAUCGGCUUAUUCCAACAACUGGAGAAUUAUGUCGGAUUGGAAACCCUGGUCGUAACAAUUGCCCACGGGGCAGACAUAAGCGAGCUUGGCUUCGAACGAUUGGUGCAACUCCCCCAUUUGAGAGAACUACGUCUUGUUGUGUUCGGGCCCGUUCGGAAUGUGGCCAAAGGGACAAAAAGGCUCCUGAAUGCGCUUGAUUCGGAUUCGAACCAGUCUAUUGAAUGCAUCCAGAUGGAUGCGCUUGAAUGCGGCGACGUCUCCUUGGAUCGACUUGACUCGCGCGUGGAGGAUUUGUUCCAGACUCACCAAACCCUCAGGUUGUUGGACUUGUUUGACCAUACGUGGAGCUUUCGUCGCGCUGGUUAGCUGGUUGACCUUCAGCUUGCUUUCGAUUCGAUUCAGACUUGCAUUGCCUUCAAAGUCCUACUCUACUUGUCCACUUGUUCAAUGCGCGACUCUGGCUAGCUAGUUUAGGAAACUAACAGUAAUGGAGCCAUUCAUCGCGAAGUCUGCAUCCAGUUUUGCCCAGUGGCAAUCGAAACACUUUUGCCAAGUGGCGCAGUGGAUGGUGGAUGGCUGCUGCA